AUGCUGCGGAGAACGUGGGCGUGGCGCGUAGGGCCCGUCGAGGUGACGCGCAUCACCUCCAAGCUGCCUCACUUUGACGUCUGUGUCAUUGGGGGCGGGCCUGGCGGUGUCGCCGCCGCGCUUCGGGCCGUCGACUACAAGAAGCGGGUCUGCCUCGUCGAGGGCCGGCGCAUCGGCGGCGUUGACCUCUGGGACGGCACGCUGCAGUCGCAGACGCUGUGGGAGAUGUCGAAGUACACCUCGUUUCUCUCCGGGCCGGUGGCGCGGCGCAUGUUCGACGACGAUGUUUUGCGGGGGUUGCAGGGCAAAUUUAGCGACGCACGGAUGCACGAGACGCUGCGGGGCGUCAGCGAAGUUCGGGAGCAGCAGGAGCUGGACGGGCUGCGCAAGGCAGGGGUGACGCUCGUCUUCGGCAAGGGGAUGUUCUCCUCCCCGCACGAGUUGGACGUGCACAGCGCCACGACCGGGGAGUACAACGUGAUCCACGCGGAUUACUUCAUCAUCGCCACCGGCGGGGUGCCGCGCAAGUACUUCCACAUCACGGUGGACGGCCGCCGCAUCGUGACGACGGACACCAUCAUGCGGCUGCCGGUCCCCUCAAGCCUCGUGAUUGUCGGGGCCGGGGCGGUCGGCUGCGAGUUUGCCGGCAUCUACGCCCGCCUGGGGGGCACCAAAGUCUCCCUCCUCGACCACACCCCGCGCAUCCUGCCGAUGGAGGACGAGGACAUCUCGCAGUACGUGGAGGACGAACUCGUGCGGCUUGGCGUGAGCAUCCACCACAACUGCACCCUUUUCGACCUGGAGUCGUGGGGCGACGAGGAGGAGGGGGGCUGCAUCUACAGCGUCCGGCAGUCUGAGGCGGGCGUCGCAAGCCACGUGGAAACCUACGAGGCGGAGCGGGCGCUGAUCUGCGUGGGCCGCGUGCCGAAUAUCAGCGGGCUUGGCCUGGAGAAUACAUCGUGUAAGGUGACGGACGGGCGGCUGGCCGUGGACGCCUUUAACCGUUGCCUGCCGCACAAGCACAUCUACGCCGUCGGCGACGUCUGUGAUCGGCGUUCGCUUGUGAACCUGGCGGAGGCGCAGGGGCGCGGCUCCGUUGACCACAUCUACAGUGAGAAGCCGGCGAGGCCCAUCAACGCUGAAGAGCUGAAAAACCUGUCAACCAUCCUGUUUCUAGGCGAGGAGCUGGCGCGUGUGGGGCUCAACGAGCAGCAGUGCCGCGCCGCUAGCCUCGGCUACGUAGUGGCGCACUACGGCUACGGACACCUGAGCCGCGCCCUCGCCAUGGGCAACACAAAGGGGUUCUGCAAGGUCAUAGUGACAAAUGACAGGGAGAAGCGGCUGCUCGGCGUUCGCGCCCACGGCCCGCACGCAGGCAGCAUCAUUGAGGUGGCGUCGCUCUCCAUCCUGCGCUCGGAGUCGGUGUACGAGCUGCUGAAGUUAACCGCCUCCUACCCGUCCGUUGUGCAGGGCUUCGUCGAGUGCAUCCGCAUGAUCCUCGGCCGCUCCUCGCUGAAGCCCAACACCACCCCGGACGCGACACUGAAGGUGUGGCACCCGCCGCACUUCAGCCGAGGCCGCGAGUACCUUAAGGAGAUUGACUACGAUGCGUCGCUGCUGCACUCCGAUGAGAUGAACAUGGCGAGGAUGCAGCUUGAGGUCAUUAAUGGCCUCCUGGAGGAACGGGAAGGCGGCGCACCCCCGACGGAUCCCGCCGCUCGCAACGGCGAUUCUGCCACUCCAGCCUCCAGGUGA